CUAGGACCUGGGAGACUGCGCUGGUGUCCGCCCGCUUGGACGAGGAUGAUUGGAAGCCCAACAUUGCUUUUGUUGUGGAGAACAAAAUUGAGGAUGAAAUCCAUACAAAGGCACUGUCUCUUGCUGUGCAUGUACCACAGCGGAAGCUCUUCAGUGUCAUAUCGUGGGAAGGAAUUUAUGAACAGAUCCUGGAAGCGGGAAAUCAAAAGGGAAAAAAGACCAAAGAUGUGCCUAUGUAUUAUGAGGUGAUUGAGGUAGCCAAAGCCAUUCUGGAUAGUGGAGAACAGCUUCCUGUAACAUUGCUUGGAAAACUAUUGAAAUUUCAACUACUUUUCAUCAAACAGAAGGAUCUUCAGAGAAGAGCUGCUGAAAAGGCAGCAGAAGAGCGAGAAAAAGAGAAGGAAAAGGAUAAAGGGAAAGUUAAACCUCCUGGCAAGAAGGACAAGUCUCCCAGUGCCAAGUCUGCUGGAAAAGGAGGAAAGGGAAAAAAACUUGAAACAGCACCAGCAUCAGCAAGCAUUAUUAAAAAGGACACAAAGUUAAGACGGAGGGGAGAAGAUGAUGAGGACGAAAAAUACAUUGAUGAUGAACCAGAUGAUGGUGCCCAAUUUUACUUCAUAAUUUUGGGUUUCUGCUAUCCUCAGCUAUUACCUGUGUUAACUGAGCUUGGGGUCAAUAUUUCAAGUGUAAUUAAGAUUUCCUCAGAGAAUUAUGGACCAUUGCAAACAUACUUGGAAGCAGCUACACUGCAAGAAGAACCAUUACAUCCACCUGAAGUUAUAGAAGCUGAAAAAAAGAAGAAGGAUAAAGGUACCAAGGAUCUGGAAACAUUCUGGAAAUACUUGGAGCCAGUUCUUAACAGUGGGAAGAAUGGAUCAAAUCUCUUUAACAUUGCCAGACUUCAUCACCUUGUUAAGGAAAACACGUUUCCCCUAGUCUGGACAGACAGUGAGAUGAUGCUUGAGUUUGGAACUGCACUUUUUGAAAGCAUUGCAUGUUUAAUGUAUGACUGCCUGGAUUGGAGAAGACAACAUAAACAUUACCUGGAUAAUGCCAAAUUUAUUAAUGUUCCUGUAGUAGUAAAGAGCAGAUUGGCACAAUCACCGAUGACAGAGGUACAUCCAGUUUUACAGACUGCCCCUCCAAAGAAGAAAGGCCAAACAGAAGAAAUGCUACUAAUAUCACCACAAGUGGAAGAAGAAUGCUUUCUGACUACGUAUGUGGACAUGAGGUAUUAUAAUGACUUGCUGAAUCAGAUUCCUGAAGAGUUCAUUUCCAUUCCUUUAAUGUUGAACUGCAUGUUGGAACAAAUUGUUGCAACUGAAAAAGACAUUACACCACCAAGUUUGGUAGUCCCAGAGCCCCGAGAAGAUGGCCUGGAUCAUAGCAUUGCAGAUCACAUAGUCUCUAUCCUUCCUUCACUUGUCCUUCCUGAGAGUGGAAAAAAGAAUCUCUACAGCUUGUUUCUUCCUAAAGACGAUGAAGAAAUGAAAAUCCUCCCCCAAUGGCCUCUUCUACUAAAUUACCAUGACGUUAUGUCACAGCGGCUGCACCUCUUAAAGGUCCAAGAGGACUUAAAUCCAGAAAAGAUUGAAAAGAAAAUGAUGGACAAGCUUCCACUUGUGAAACUUCUUCAGUUCCCCCUUCCUUCACCUGGGAACAACACUAAACGUUUGGCCAGAGUCCAUGGGCUCAUGCAUUAUUGUACCAAUGAACUCUUGAGUUGGGCUGAAGUAGAAAGAGCCUUCAAAGUGUUUACUUUUGAAAGCCUGAGGCUGACUGAGCUUGAUGACUCUGGUCUACUGGAGAGUUCAGGAUUGAUGCUUGGCGGUGAUUAUGAAGUAUCUUAUAUCCCAUGGGAUAAUCCAGCCAGGUUUGCAAAACAGCUGAGACAACUACCCACCAUGGAAAAUGCUCCUGAUGAGAAAAUUCCUGAAGGCUCAGUGCAUUUAGAAAAGAAUGGCAAAGGUGGAGGAGAUGAUCUGGUUGAUCCUCUUUUAAAGGAAGUGAAUCCAGAAAAGAAAGGCCUAAGGAUAGAAUUAGUGGAUAUACAAAAGAUUCAGCAGCGGUGUUUGACAGAUUGGACUUUUGCCGAACAUCUUCAACCACAUGUUCUUCUCCAGGUCCUUCACAAAGCAACACAGCAGUAUAGGUGCAUUGAUUCCUAUCACCACACCCAAGAUAACUCUCUGCUUAUAGUCCUUCACAAUCCCCAGAAUAAACAUCAUCAGUGCUGGGAAUCCUGGAAUAUUGCACUGCACUCAGACGUUGGAUUCAGAAACUACCUGGAGCUAAUUGCCAGUUCAGUUGAAGACUGGGUGAUGAAGGAAGAAGCCAAAUACCAGGAAGAAAAAAUAACUAAGGAACUAAAAGCCUUAACAUUUGCUGAAGUAACAGCAGAAAGACCUUCUGAAGCUAAAUCGUCUACCUUUGCUCUCAGAAAAACUGGUUCUCCCAAAACCAAAAGCAAUGCUUCAAGAUCUGAAAGUAAAGGAGAGAUAACUCCAGAACUUCAACCUGAGAAAGAAAAAAAAUAUUUUAUCAGAGAGGGUUCUCUCAAGGCUUGGAAGGAAGAACAUGAUCGACUAUUAGAAGAAGAACAAUUAAAGGAAGAGAAAAAAGCUGAAAAGAAAGAAAAAUCAGGUGGUAAAAAGAAAGGACAGAACAAAGAAGUACCAGUCAUUGAAGAAAGCAAGAGCUCGAAGAAGAAAGUUUCCAAGGAGAAAUCUAAAGAUGAGCCAGCAAAACCACCUGAACUUGAAGAGCACAAUAUCCUAGCACCACCCCCUGAGAAAGUUUAUCAGUUUCAUGGUUACAACAUGGGAGAGGAUCUCAUCCAAGUCUCUGGAAACACUCGAUACCUUUACCCUGCAGAUGGAGGACAGAUUCAAGUAGAGAAGAUAGAGUUUAUAAAAGGCCCAACUUUAGUCAAGAUGAAGGUGGCAAAGGACAGCCACAGCUUCUUCAUUCAUAUCACAGACCCCAAGAAAACCCAGACAGAAAGGGAAGCACAGGAAAUGAGUAAUCCUUUGGGAGGACAGCAAAAUGAGCCAGGAAAAUCAGUAAAUGAAAAGAAAACUGUGAGCAGGUUUGGAUCUUUUUCAGCCACCUUGGAAAAUGGAAUCCAGCUGUCCUUGAGCUACUAUGGACCUACAGGAAAGGCAGCAGAUGACACAGACCCUGACUUGGCAACAAUUUUGAAUAUCCCUUCUGUACAUAUUCCGACUGUUGCUCCCACUCUUGCUCCUGUUACUGCUUCAACUUCUUCAGGAAAAAGCAACAAAUCACUCAAGCAAAAAUCAGCAAAAUCCAUGCCAUCUGCCAAAAUGAGCCAUGUCAAAGUGGUCUCUCCAUCACCAGAAGAUCUUUCAAAGCAGGAAGAAAAAAUGGUAAGAGAAUAUUCACCAGUGGAAACAGAAGAGCCAGCUUCCCACACACAAGCAACACCAGAUAUGCCUACUUUCCAGAGUCUGAAUGUCUCGUGCCCCAAUGGGCUGGUCUUGACCUUCCUCAGUCAGAAUUCCAGAGAUAUGAAAGAUGAAGCCAAGGCAAGUAGUGAACCAAAAGCAGCUGAAGCCAAGGAAGGAAAACUGAAGGAAAAUGAAUCCAAGGAAUGUGUGGCCAAGGCAGAAGAGGCCAAGCAACCUACUCUGGAACUCCUGGUUAGACAGAGUUAUCCCCUACGUAUGAAGUAUUCCCAUCAGUACAAAUCAAUGAAAAAAACAAUAGAACAAGAGAUGUCUAGGGUCAUCACCAGCCAAGGCACUGUCAUAAAGUACAUGUUGGAUGGAUCUACCCAGAUUCUUUUUGCUGAUGGCACAGUGAUCAAAAGUCCCGAUUCCGGCCCUGUCCUACCACCACAGUCCAGCAUAGCACCAUCCACUAUACCCGAGAAUAACCUGCAAGUCCAGACACACUCCAAAUUGGAACAUCCUCCAGAGAUCAGCACCAAGAAAGGAAGGAGUAGCCACAAGGGAAGCAUAGCACAACCAACCAAAAAUGAAUUGCCUGAGGGUCCCUGGCAGACUGCACAGCAAGAGAAUGAGCCAGGAACCUGGAUAACAACUACUCCAUUGGGCUUUCAAGUGGCCACUAAGGGAGUAAAGAGAUUGGAUCUGAAACCAUUAUUAACCUAUGAGGCAACUGACCCAGUUAAUGAAACGGUUCUGGUAAUACGAGAAGACAAGGUGAUAAUGGUUCAGAAAACUGAUGGGACUAUGAUUGUGGAUCAUGCUGAUGGUACUAGAAUCACUACAUUUUAUCAAGAUUUUGAGAAACAUCUCAUACCUGAGGAUUAUGAAGAAACAGCUGAACCCACAGAAACCAUCAUACGGAAAGUAAAGUGCAUGCGAGUGGAGAAUCCUGACUUUGCUACUGUGAUAACAAACUGUGAGGACAGCAUUUGUUGUACUAUCUUUGGAGAUGGGACAUCUAUUAUAGCAAAGCCACAAGGAACAUAUAAGGUGUUACCCUUCAGCACAGGUUGCCUUUUCAUUGAUGAAUAUUGUUCAGCAGUUUAUUCCCAUGAAGUUCAUGAUGACACCAAGUUUCACAACGGGCAUGAGGAACACCAAGCAGGAAUAUACAAUAUGAAACACACCUCAGACAUAAUCUGUGAGGUGAUGGAUCCUGAAGGAAACCUAUUCAAGGUCAUGGCUGAUGGAAGCACAUCCGUAUUCAUCCCCAAAAUUGACUCUGGUGAAGAAGAAAAAUGUUUGGCAGCAGAAGCCACAGAAGGUGGCACUUCUACCACAUCCAGUGAACAUGUCCCUAGGUUCUUCGUUGUUUAUGCCGAUGGUUCAGGGAUUGAACUUCUUCAGAACAGUUAUGUGGAAGAAUACCUCUCUGAGGCAUAUGGUGAUCCAGCUACAGCAGUUUUGCAAGAGCCAGUACAAGAAUGUCCAGGUGUUCUUAGUGUCACUGUCCUCCGACCUUUCACUGAAGCCUCUGUCUGGUUAACGAAGAAAGAAUCCACCAGUAUUGUUCCUCCAAACCUACAGUCAAGAAACUGGGAUACAUUUCCUCCUUUUGAGAGGAAAAUUCCAGGUCCCCCAUUUGGCACCCAUAUUUGGAAAGGACUGCACAUAGGAUCCAAAGAGUCCGCCUGCCCUCCAACAUCUGUACAAAAAUGCCCUAAUGUGCUGCAAGUCCGUCAGCUGAUUCAGUAUGAGCCAAUCAGUAAUGAGCUGAGAAGGAAGCUGGAACUCUCUCUCAAGAAGUACAUAGAAAAUAUCCUGAAGCAGGAAGAUGAGAUGCAAGAGAUAAGCAUUAAAGAACCAAGAAGCGAGGAAGAGAAGGUGAAUGCAGCUGAUCUCCUCAAAUUGGUUAUGUCUUUCCCUAACUUGGAGAAAUCAUCCAAAGAUCUCAGAACUAGAGCUCACAUAGCAGAGUUAUAUGAACAGGCAGUGGCCCCUCAGCUCCAAACUUCAUCAAAACACAGUGAGAAGAACUGGCAGAAACUGAGCAAAGAAGAAUUACCCCAAGUAUCUCAAUGGCAGAAAAAAAUAGAGCAGCACAGGAAGGAACUUGAUGAAGGAAAGUACUGUCUAAUGGCAAUAAGAAAAAAAAUAAUUCCACCCUAUUUUGAAUCUGAACUUGGCAGAGAAUUUCUUCUGAAACAGUUUCCUGAUUUGGAAUCGCUCUCUAAAGAACUUCCUCCAUUUCCAAAGAAAGAGAGAAAGGAGUCCUCUUUAGAGACAAUCUCCAUUAGCAGUAAUUUUGAGUUCAGUGCAGUAUCAAAAGAGAUACAUGCCACAGCCAGUGACUUUUCAUCCUCACUCAAUCCUUUGUCAGACAGUUCUUCAGAAUGGGUUCAAGUUUCCUGCAGCCAUUCUAUAGCAGAACUGAGUAGAGCUGUGAGACCAUCUGAGAUACCCUUCCAGCCUCAAACACAGAGUCUGCUGGUGGAUGCUUCUGGAAAGCCAAAGAAAAAAAAGGUUAAAUUGCCAUCAUCUAUCAAGGGGUGUAAGCCAGAGUCUAAACCAAAUGAAAAGAUAGAAGAUCCUAUUGGUGAAAGAGUCAACAUAUCAUCUCAUGGAACAGUGACAAAGUGUCUUAGUGGCUUCCUUCUCAUUCCUGCUAAAGUGACCUUUGGGGUGCUGAAGGAAGGCUGCACCUAUGCAACCACAGCGAUCUUGAAGAACGUUGGAGUGGACUUCUUAAGGUUUCGGGUGAAGCAGCCAUCUCCCAGCACUGGCCUAAGAGUGAUUUACACACCAGGGCCUGUGGCAGCAGGAUUGCAGGUUGAACUGGAGAUUGAGAUUUGUGCCAUGGCAAUUGGAAAAGAAGGUACUGAAGGCCCUGGAGAAAUUUUCUGUUGUAUUGAAAUUUUAACAGAAACAGAGACACUCUUCCUGCCUGUGGAAGCAACUGUGUUAACGAGCAGUAUCUAUGAGAGCAGGCCAGAGAGCUAUCUGCAGGACAGAGAGACAGCAGUGGUCCGGUUAGUUUCUGAAGGUCCCACACCCUCCUUCAGGAUUGUGCUGCCCCGCAAACUGCCCAUAUAAUAUCAGAGCACUGGAGGAGCAACACCAAAACCAGCAGUACCAACAUACCUGCAUUUUACUUAACUAUUAUUGUAUCAACUUUUCCCCAUAAGUAUAGUGAUUCAAUUCAUUCACACCUAACUUGAUUAAAAUAUUUUAACUACUGCAUCAGUUUCUUGAUCAGUUCUCCCAUGAUGAUGUAUCCUGAGCUUAUAAUACAGCUUCCCAAAGAAUAGAGAGCAAACAUCAGGUUAGCUGUGAAAGGAUUAAGCACCAUUGUGAGAUUCUACUUUUAAUCCUCCUCCGACUUCACAGCAAAUAAAGAGGAUUUUUUUCCCCAGAUACACCUUGCAAAUUCAUUCUGAGAUUGGACAGUCAGGCUGGGUUUGCUCUAUUUUACAUGGCAUCACCAAUAGUAAAAAGUUGUUGUCCUCAAAUACAUCAGCCACUUAGUUGCCUUCAGUAGAAUUGCUUGGUUAUAACUGGCCUCACAAAUGGUAAGUCAGUGAGGUCAAUGAUCAACUGAACAGCUGGAACAAUCUUAAAAAAAUCUAGACGAUUCCUGAACCAGAAACAGAUCCAGCUCCAAGUCCCUGCACUAUGUUCUGUAGACCAGAGGGCAGUAGUGUUUUUAAUCAAAGUUCACAGAAACCUAUGUUACCAACAGUUUCAAGGACAUAGCAGCACUUACCACAAACAGCAGCAACAGCAGAGGAUUACUCUGUGGUUUAUUUCCAGAAGAUGUGAUUUAUCUAACUCUCCACAUACUGAGUGAACCUGCCCACUCCAAAUACAGUGCAAGAGUCCCACUCCUCCACUUUGCUCCUGUAGGCCUCUUUCUGGGGCCCAGAUGUCAGAUAAGCUUGAU